AUGGUGGACACAGAGAGCCCCAUCGGUCCCCUCUCCCCACUAGAGGCUGAUGAUCUGGAAAGCCCGCUCUCGGCAGACUUCCUACAAGAGAUGGGAACCAUUCAAGAGAUUUCUCAGUCUAUCGGGGAGGACAGUUCCGGAAGCUUCAGUUUUACAGAAUACCAGUACUUAGGAAGUGGUCCAGGAUCAGAUGGCUCUGUUAUUACAGACACCCUGUCCCCAGCCUCGAGCCCCUCGUCCGUCUCCUACCCCACAGUCCCUGGCAGCACUGAGGAGUCAACCAGUAUCGCCCUGAACAUCGAGUGUAGGAUCUGUGGGGACAAAGCCUCUGGCUACCACUACGGCGUCCACGCGUGUGAGGGCUGCAAGGGUUUCUUUAGGCGAACGAUUCGGCUGAAGCUGGUGUAUGACAAAUGUGACCGUAGUUGCAAGAUUCAGAAGAAGAAUCGGAAUAAGUGCCAAUACUGUCGUUUCCACAAGUGCCUUUCGGUUGGGAUGUCCCAUAAUGCGAUUCGUUUUGGACGAAUGCCAAGAUCUGAAAAAGCAAAAUUGAAAGCAGAAAUCCUCACGUGUGAACAUGACCUAGAAGAUUCCGAAACUGCAGAUCUCAAGUCUCUGGCCAAGAGGAUCUAUGAGGCCUACUUGAAGAACUUCAACAUGAACAAGGUCAAGGCUCGGGUCAUCCUCGCCGGGAAGACCAACAACAAUCCGCCUUUCGUCAUCCACGACAUGGAGACGCUGUGCAUGGCCGAGAAGACCCUGGUGGCCAAGCUGGUGGCCAACGGCAUCCAGAACAAGGAGGCGGAAGUGCGCAUCUUCCACUGCUGCCAGUGCACGUCCGUGGAGACCGUCACGGAGCUCACGGAGUUCGCCAAGUCCAUCCCGGGGUUUGCGAGCUUGGACUUGAAUGACCAGGUCACUCUGCUGAAGUAUGGCGUUUACGAAGCCAUAUUUGCGAUGCUGUCUUCUGUGAUGAAUAAAGACGGGAUGUUGGUAGCCUAUGGGAAUGGCUUCAUAACCCGUGAAUUCCUUAAAAGCCUAAGAAAACCCUUCUGUGAUAUCAUGGAGCCCAAGUUCGACUUUGCGAUGAAGUUCAACGCACUGGAGCUGGACGACAGUGAUAUCGCCCUCUUUGUGGCUGCUAUCAUUUGCUGUGGAGAUCGGCCCGGCCUCCUAAACGUAGGACACAUUGAAAAAAUGCAGGAGGGCAUUGUGCACGUGCUCAAACUCCACCUACAGAACAACCAUCCUGACGACGUCUUCCUCUUCCCAAAACUCCUGCAAAAGAUGGCAGACCUGCGGCAGCUGGUCACGGAGCACGCGCAGCUGGUGCAGGUGAUCAAGACGGAGUCGGACGCCGCCCUGCACCCGCUGCUGCAGGAGAUCUACAGGGACAUGUACUGA